CCCACCUAAGAUAUUAAUUCAAGCUGCCAAUCCAAAUUUAUGAUUUUUCUUUUUCCCAAAAUCCAUAUUUAUGAUGCUAAAAUUAGUUAAUAUACCCUUUUAUCAAUAAAUUAGUAUAUUCAACCUAAAAUCAAUUGAUAAUACGGAAAAUUACCAAAACCAUAAUAUUGCUUGUUUAAAUAAAUAUGGGAUAUUACUCUACACACAUCAUUCCUUUUUUAUUUUUUAUUUUUUUUAUGUGCCGGCCAUUCUCCAUUCGGUAAACGUUGUGAUCACUUGAGCUUCACUGCCAUGCCAAAUGUAAUUACCGCCCCAUUUGGAAAAGUUGUGCUCAAAUUUUCAUCAUUUACUCCACGUGAACUGCGACCCAAUAUAAAAUCACAAAAAAAGAAAGAUAGCACGAGCAAUAAUUUCUGUGCGAGGCAUGAAGAAAAACAACUCUGCCGCCUCUGCUCACACAGAGUAAGCAAGCAGCAGAGUGAGACAAAACCCACAUAGAAAAUGGCCAUGGUUUUAUUGGCUACUCUAUUUUCUCUAUUGCUAGCAGCAACCCAAUUCAAUGUAGGCGCUUGUGCUGGCAACAAGAACAUCUUCAUCCUCGCAGGCCAGAGCAACAUGGCAGGACGAGGAGGCGUCAGUGGAGGCAAAUGGCACGGCAAUGUCCCGCCCGAGUGCCAGCCCAGAUCGUCAAUCGUCCGACUCAGUGCUCAACUCAGAUGGGAACAAGCACAUGAGCCGCUCCACGCUGACAUUGAUGUGGGCAAGACAUGUGGGGUUGGGCCAGGCAUGGCUUUUGCCGAUGAGGUUCUCAGAGCCAGGGGCUCAAGAUUUGGGGUCUUGGGUCUGGUUCCCUGCGCUGUGGGUGGGACGAGAAUCGGUGAGUGGGCUCGAGGGACUCGGUUGUAUAACGAGUUGGUGAGACGAGCCACCGAGUCAGUCAGGGACGGUGGAGUUAUCAGAGCGGUUUUGUGGUACCAGGGAGAGAGUGACACCGUGAACAGAGUGGAUGCUGAGGGGUAUAAAGGGAAUUUCGAAAGGCUUGUUAUGGACCUGCGUUGUGAUCUUAAGAAUCCAAAUCUUCCUGUCAUCCAGGUAGCAUUGGCAUCAGGAGAAGGGCAGUUUGUAGAUGUAGUGAGGAAAGGUCAGCUUGGUGUCAAGUUAGGCAAUGUCGAAUGUGUUGAUGCAAAAGGCCUGCGUCUGAAAGAAGAUGACCUCCACCUCACUACCAUAUCUGAGGUCCACCUGGGGAUCAAGUUAGCUCGUUCUUUUCUUAAUUCUUUUGGGCAUCACCUUUAAUCUGAUGUGCCAAAAUGUAGCGCAAGUGGUCAAGGCACUCCCUUCAUUACCCAGUCAUCCUAGAUUCGAAACCCCCACCGCUUGUAACUUUGUGAAUACAAUUUGGGUGUCCAAAAACAAUUAUUGGGUUGGGUCUCCAUAAAAUCAUUAGUGACCUAUUGGGCCUAUUUGAACCUUCAUAUGGGUAUGGGCUUUUGAGUUCAUUUAUCCAUUAGCAGAAAGUUAACGUCGGCAGAAGAAUCAAAGUCCCAUAUUAUAUAGCAGGUGCAAGAUUGCCAUUGGCUCAACGAUAUACAAAAUCUUGUGGUGAAUUAGCCACCGUCACAAAUUCACAUGCUUUGUACUGAUAGACGAUUCAGAUGCGUGGACACAAAACGGACAGCUCACAGGGCACGUGUCAGCACCUGGUAGUCUUGAGGUCGACGAACUAAAACUAUAUGUAUGUGCCUUUGCCCGCUGAUUUCAUUUCAUAUAACUAACAGCCAAAGUUGAAUUUUGCAACAUGAGUACCCCGAAAGUAACUGAAGAGAAAAAGGAGCAAGGUGGAGUGGAAAUCAAGGUGGUGGACACGGUUGAUUAUCGAUCACCGGCAGGGGAAGACAAAAAACCCACAAAGGAGGAGGUGGAGGUGGUUCAUGAGACCAAAGAUGGGGCCAAUUCAGGGACUGGAGCCGGCGGGGUCCUUGCUGGUGCAGCAGCUGCAGUUUCAAAUGCCUUUCAAUCCGCCAAGAAUGCAGUUUCUGGCAGUGCCAAAGAUCAGAAGACCGCUAAAUGACUGAGACCCUCUGAUCAUAUCAUUAUAUUAAUGUAACAUGUGCUUCUUGGAUUGGAAUUUUUAUGGAGAAUAAAGACUGUUUUGAUUUAAAUGUUUC